UUGCUGCGCGAAUGCGAAUGCACUUGACAGAUCUAUAUUUAUUUGUUGUGUUAAUCGUUGCAACGACAUUGUUAACAUUAGUUCGCCAAAAUGGUAAAUAGUUAUUUCGAUCCAAAUUUAAUAUCAAUUUAAGUUGUGUUUUGUAUUUUAGGGACUGGAAAAUGUUAUUUUCAAAUUAGAAAAAUAUUUGAAUGACAAAAUUCCGGCCGAUAUUAUUAAAAUCCUGGAAUUCUGUGCAUUUGAAAAUGAAUCAUCUCUAAUGUCCAUUGACAACGAUGCUAUUGUGGAUAUUGAGAACUAUGUCAAUGAAAACCCAGAAAUUCUCAAAGAAACAUCAUACGAGAAUGUGAAUAAGUUUAAAUUUAAACCGGGCCACCGAUUGCUUAUCAUCCAGCUACCACAGUUAAUCAAAAAUUGUAAUGAAACGGAAACAAAAUUGCAAAAAAUCGGACACCUGCGACCGCAAAUGAAUUUUUCGCAAAUAUUGAAAUCAUUUAUUGAGACUGCAGAGUCAAAUAAUGGGAAACAACCAAACGGCUUUAGAUAUGAUGAAAUUAAUCGUUACUUUUCGACGUUUAUAUAUUUAUUAUGUGGCAAAGCGUGCUAUGACACACUUAGCGCAAAUUUACCGAUUCCAUCGUCGCAUACAAUACUACGAUAUAUUAACGAAAACAAUUCGACGAUUAUCGAAGGAGAACUGCGUUGUAAAGAACUGAAAAGUUAUUUAGAAGCUCUCAAAUUGCCUAUGGUUGUGUGGUUGUCCGAAGAUGCUUCAUCAAUCAUUUCGAAAAUUGAGUACGACCAGAGAACAAACCAAAUGAUUGGCAUAGUACUUCCAACCGAACCACGUACUGGAAUGCCAGUUCCAUUUUCAUUUUUGGCUCGAAAUGUAGAGGAAAUUCAAUCAAACAUGAAGCAAAAUAUGUCAGUUUCAGUAUACUUGGUUAUGGCACAGCCACUUGCAAUCAAUGUUCCUCCCUUCAUUAUUCAGUUGUUUGGAACAGACAACAAAUUCAAAACAAAAGAUGUAGCCUUGCGAUGGCAACACACACAAAAUGAACUCAAGAGAUAUGGUAUUGAUGUGGCGGGAUUUUCCGGCGAUGGAGAUGCUCGAAUAUUAAAAUCCAUGCGCAAUAAAAGAGACGUUUCCGUGGCGGAAACAUUUAAGUCGACUGUUUGCUACUUUCAAGACAUUGUUCACAUCGCCACGAGGCUGCGUAAUAGGCUAUUAAAUGUUUUGAUCUGCUUAUCAAUUGGAUACAAAGUGGCAAGUGUUUCUCACUUGAAAAUGCUUCUAAAUUCAGUUCCGAAAGAUAUGCAUGGUUUAGUUUAUUCAGAUAUCUGUCCCGACGAUAGACAAAAUUUUAGUUCAUUGCGUAGAAUUAUGCAUCCACGCGUACGUGAGGCAUUGAUACAGAUUGUCGAUUCAGAUGCAACUAUAGAAUAUAUUCGAAUUUGCGACGAUAUAACAAGCAGCCUUUAUACCGAUGAUUUGCCACCAUCAGAUCGACUGUAUCUUAGCUGGCGAGCAACAUACUUUUUACGUGCUUGGCGAAUUUUCAUCACAAACACUCGCGAUAUGACCUUGGAAAAUAACUUUAUAACUCCAAAUGCGUAUGGAUGUAUCGAACUUAAUUCUCAAAAUUUGAUUAUUUUAAUCCGAAAAUUCCGUGAUCAAAAUAUGGAUGAAUAUUUCCUUCCAAGUAUUUUUAAUAGCCAAUCAUGCGAAGAAACUUUUCGAAAAUUUCGUUCAUUGGGCACCAUUAAUUACACCAAAAUUAAUUUUACCUUGUUAGAAUUAAUUCAUUUGGUUAAACGAAUUGAAAUCAUGAACGAUAUUAUGUAUUUCAAAUUGGUUGACCGCGAUGUCAUUUUCCCACGAGACCCAGCCAAAAAUCACAAGGAAAAUAAAUACAAAUUACCAGAUGAUAACGAAAUAGAGAACACACUCUUAAGGGCUUCAAGUGAUGCUACAGCUGCCGCUAAAAAGUUUGGAAUAAAUAUAACAUUUGAUGAAAUUGCUGAUUGCAAGUUAAGAGAUGUCGAGAUCGAUUGUACUACAGAUGACGAUAACGUAAAUACUAAGCAUACGGACUUGGGGAUCGCUUCAGAUGUGAGUGAUAUUCUACUAUGCCACCGCAACUUAAAAGAUUAUCCACAACAUUCUCAAGAUGGUCAAAAUAGCUCAUUCGUGAAUAUAACUGGUGAGAGUGGAAGUAAAACUGUGCGAAUAUCAUCUUUAAUGUGGAAUCUUUCAUCGAGCAAAGAUAGGAUAAGUUCCGAUAGAGUGAAACGUGUCAGAAACCCAAACAGAAAGUCAUACCGUCAGCUUGAAUUCGUGGAUGUUACAUCAAUGGACAAACCGUUAUGUGUUGCUGAAAAAAUUAAAAUCGGUGACUGGUGUAUUUUCAAAAACAUUUAUGAAAAAGUAUUUAAAACAUUUCUUUUGGGUAAUAUAAUUUCGUUCCAAUAUGCAUCGGAAAGUAAAACGUACAAGGACAGAAAAUAUUUGUGGGACUUUGCACCACCUUCAGAAGACAAAAAAGAUCCGAGAAAAAUUGAAGUUCUUUCUUCAUGGUAUAAAGUAGAUGUAAAUGGUAUUAUUCAUACGUUCGACUUGCCAAAAUGUACUUUUAUUUCAAUGGAUCAUUAUGUUGCAACUUUGUCUUAUCAUGUCAUUGUUAGAAAUGAUACUGGAAAAAUUUGUGUAUCACAAAACAAUUUGAAAUUAAUUCAGAAUGCCUUAAAUGAAAUCAAUAAAACAAAUUGA